AUGAAGCUUUUGCAGUCGUUGGUUAAAUGCUCAGUAUUUUUGAAUACCCGCGGCUUUCAUGCAGUUUCAAUCCCUCGUGCUGCUUAUGGUUACUUGAGUGAUCAGGAUUUGAAUGUAUUUGAGAAGGCUCUUGGGAAGAACGGUGUACAAACAGAUGAUUUGGAUCCUUACAACAUUGACUUUUUAAAAGCUUAUAAAGGUUCAUCGAAGUGCGUUCUGUUCCCAAAAAGUACAGAAGAAGUUUCAGCAAUAGUAAGGCACUGCUACGAACGUAAACUGGCUAUUGUUCCUCAGAGUGGGAACACAGGAUUAGUUGGCGGCUCUGUUCCAGUUUAUGACGAAGUGGUAAUUUCGCUAAAAAAACUCAACCAUAACUUCCACUUUGACCCCCUUUCAGCUAUUCUUAAAUGCGAUGCUGGUUAUAUCCAUGAAGAAGUGGACAACAAACUAGCUCAAGAAGGGUUUAUGAUGCCAUGGGAUUUGGCUUCAAAAGGAUCUUGCCUUAUUGGAGGUAACAUUUCUACUUGUGUUGGUGGUAUCCGUAGGCUUCGUUUUGGUUCUCCACAUAAUCACGUCAUUGGUUUGCAAGUUGUUUUGGCUGACGCUAAAGGAACAAUUAUGAAUGUCGGCUCUGGUGUCAGGAAAGAUAAUACAAAUUUGCACUUGCAUCAGUUAUUCGUUGGCAGUGAAGGGCAGCUUGGCAUUAUCACAGGUGUCACAAUGACGGUGGUACCACGUCCUAGCAGCAUUCAAGUCGCCAUAUUAGGAUGUCAGACCUAUCAUGGAUGUCGCGAAAUACUACGUUUAGCAAAAAAUUAUUUGGGAGAAAUAUUAUCGGCUUUUGAAAUGAUUGACUCUGAGUGUAUGAGGUGUUUGGCUGAGAAUGAAUCACUUCAUAACGUCUUAACAUCCAAUCCACCAUUCAACGUUAUUUUCGAAACUAUGGGUUCAAACGAAAAACAUGAUAAGGAAAAAGUGGAAAAGUUUUUAGCGGAUGUAUUAACCUCUGGUUUAGCCACUGAUGGAGCCCAGGCUAAAAGCAUCCAAGAAAGGAAUAGAAUUUGGCAGUUGCGACGUAUGACUCCAACCUCACCUAUAAAGGACGGUUACGUUUACAAGCAUGAUAUCUCCUUGCCAGACGAACAUUUUUACACUUUAUCGCAGGUUAUGAGAGAACGGUUGGGUUCAUUACCGAAGAGAGUUAUUACUUAUGGCCAUAUGGCUGAUGGUGACUCACAUAUUAACGUCUCAGCCUCUAAGCAGUCUAAGGAGAUUGAGGAAAAGUUGUAUCCAUUUAUGUGCGAGUGGAUUGUCGAACAUGGCGGAAGUAUUAGUGCAGAACACGGAGUCGGACAGGAAAGACGAAAAUAUGCAGCUCUUGGAAAAGGGUAUGAGUACGAAUUGGUGAAGUUACUAAAGAAGCAGUUUGAUCCAAAAUGUAUUCUGUCUCCAUACAAGAUGAUAACUGUCUGA